GACGUGCUUUUGGAUAUUCGCUACCUCUGGAUGGAAGUGGAGGACCUGCUCCAAUGGUCAGGUGAUCUCGUCGUCCUCGUUCUCAUACUCAUCAUCCUCCUCCUCCUCCUCCUCUAUCACUUCACUUACACACGCGAGUGA